CCCAGUGAUAGACUGAGACAUGAUGGACAAGACAGGAGGGGGGUUAGAGGGACUGUUUGACAUCAUGAAGUGAUGUUUGAUGAGUAGAGAAGGAGAAGGAGACAAGAGAGGAGAAGAAGGAGCAGCCGGACUCAGAGGAGACUCCAUCACUGAAAUCAUUUUUAAACUUUAUCUUAGAGCCAACAGUGGAACUCUCCACUGACCGGAACUCCCUGACGCUAUGGAUGAAGAAUACCACCGUCUGUUCCUCAACAACUCCCUCACGGGCAUCGACCGCUUCAGUAACUUGGAGGACAUCGACGUGACGGCGGACGGCAGCCUGGUCCUCCGGGUCCUCAUCUGUCUGGUCUACUCGGUGGUCUGCGCCGCGGGUCUGAUCGGGAACCUGCUGGUGCUGUUCUUCGUCAGGGUGAAGAAGGGGAGGGAGACGUCCCAGGUGAACUUCUUCGUUCUCAACCUGGCGGUGACGGACCUGCAGUUCGUCCUCACCCUGCCCUUCUGGGCCGUGGACACUGCUCUGGACUUCAGCUGGCCAUUUGGCAACGCCAUGUGUAAAAUCGUCCUCUCCAUCACGGUGAUGAGCAUGUACGCCAGCGUCUUCUGUCUGACCGCCAUGGGUGUGACCCGCUACUGGUCCGUGGCUUCGGCGCUGAAGAACAGCACCGCGCGUAAAUCCUGCUCCGCUAAAUGGAUCUGCGCCAUCAUCUGGACGCUGGCGACCCUGGCCACUGCACCCACCUCGAUCUUCUCCACGGUCAGCAACGUGUCCGGGGAGAAGCUGUGCCUGCUGAGGUUCCCGGGUGGACAGCACUGGCUGGCGGUCUACCACAUCCAGAAAAUCCUGGUCGGGUUCGUGCUGCCGAUGUGCGUGGUGUCCGUCAGCUACAUCAUGCUGCUGCGCUUCGUCCGCAAGCGCAGCAUGCAGAGCAGGAACCCGCGGCGCAGAUGGCAGGUGACGAGGUCCAUCACCAUCGUGGUGCUGUCCUUCUUCCUGUGCUGGAUGCCCAACCACGCCAUCACCCUGUGGAGCGUCCUGGUCAAGCUGAACGUGGCCAACUGGGACCGAGCCUACUACAUCGUCCACACCUACGCCUUCCCUCUGACCGUGUGUCUGGCCCACACCAACAGCUGCCUGAACCCCAUCAUCUACUGCCUGAUGAGGAAGGAGUUCAGGGACAAGCUGAAGGAUCUGGUUCACAGGAGAUAGAGCUUCAAAAAGUGACAAACAUCGGAUCGGAUCGGACGCACCGGUAACCGUGACGCACCGGUUGCGCACAGCACCGCCACCAGUGUUUGUUUGUAAAAGCGGUGCGUAAUUUCAGCCGAGCGGCUCCGCGGUAACACGUGAGCUGCAGGUGAAGCUAAGAGUUGAUUUAUAAAAUGUUUAAUGUCCUUGAGAUGAGAUGUUUAGUCCUGCAGGAGGUCCGCGUCCGCGCGCGUAAUGGUCAGAACCAGGACCAGGGGUGACACACACACACACACACACACUCUCCACCCUGAACA